AGCGCCGCAGCGGACUUCAUGAUAAACGAAGGCAUAUUAAAUCUUGUAUUCGUUUCUGUACGUUCUACUCCCUUGCAUACGUGAUCUGGAUAUUAGCGACGUUUUCUGGUGCCCGGUCGCUUGUUGAUCGGCGACACUGCUCCAGUGAUAGGACCAUCGGGACAUUCACUAAGCCGCCGGAGUAGCGAGUGUCCACAUGACUGCAGGCUUGAGGAAAGGUCUUGGGUACGCCAAUACAGGAUAGUUUGGAAAUAUUCGGACAGAUAUGUAGAACUGCUGAAGGUCAUAUGAGCAACAGGGAUGACUUUGCAACGCGCAUCUGGGACAAUCUACAGUCAAUUGAUAUUUCAUGCUGCCUUUUACUAACUGACAAUGCCACUGGUUCCUUUAAGUUUCUCUCACAGCUGCUGAGAAUGAGCCUAUGCGCACUGCGAACAUUUUAAAAACACAGUGUUCGCCUCUGUUUUGGAUUAAACCGCUGUCAGAUCAACAUCGUCGAGACCUAUCCAAAUCGGAUAUUUCUGCAUAAUUUAACUGCUCUUUGAAUCGGGGAAAACGUGCCGUUCAUCCGGUGUGAUGGGCACCCUCGGACUUUACUGACACCAGGAACAGUCAUUCUUUGGGGCUUUUUUUUUCUGGGGACAUUGUCACAAGGGAAAAUGAAAGGAUCUAUCCCUCUUCAGGUUCUCUUCUAUGCUACAUUAAUUCGGAGCUUAAAGGUCGUAUCCAAGAGAGGUUCAGUGGAUGGCUGUACAGACUGGUCAGUGGACUACUUAAAAUACAAAGUUCUUCAUGGCGAGCCAGUGAGGAUUAAGUGUGCAUUGUUUUAUGGAUAUAUCCGAGCAAACUAUACUCAUGCUCAGAGUGCUGGCCUCAGCUUGAUGUGGUACAAAAGUAUGGGCCAUGGGGAUUUUGAGGAGCCCAUCACCUUCGACGGGAUUAGGAUGAGCAAGGAGGAGGAUUCCAUCUGGUUCAGACCAGCUGAAUUACAAGAUAUUGGUCACUACUCCUGUGUGCUCCGAAAUUCUACAUACUGCAUGAAAGUGUCCAUGUCGCUCACUGUGUCAGAAAAUGACACAGACCUGUGCUAUAACUCGAAAAUGAAGUAUAUGGAGAAGGCUGAAUUGAGUAAGGGGAAGGACAUCCUCUGUCCUGAUAUAGAUGACUACAUCCAGCCUGGCAAGGACCCAGAGAUUGCAUGGUAUAAGGAGUGUAAACCCAAACAGUGGCGACAAAGCAUUGUCAGGAGGAAAGAUAUGCUUUCGAUUAAGGAAGUGAGAGAAGAUGACAUUGGAAAUUACACCUGUGAAUUAACAUUUGGAAACUUUCUGGUUAGAAGAACCACUGAAUUGUCAGUCACAGCUCCUUUGACCGACAAACCUCCAAAGAUCAUCUUUCCUGCUGAAAACAAAAUGAGUAUCAUGGAGAUGCAGUUAGGGCGUCUGGUGAACCUGACAUGUCAAGCGUUCUUUGGUUACAGUGGCGAUGUGAGUCCACUCAUCUACUGGAUGAAGGGCGAGAAGUUUAUUGAGGACCUGGAUGAGAGCCGGAUACAAGAGAGCGAAAUCAAGAUUCUGAGGGAGCACCUGGGAGAACAGGAAGUGUCCAUCUCUCUGACCAUAGAUGUUUUAGAAGAAACUGACCUGGGUAACUACACAUGCUUUGUGGAGAACGGUAAUGGCAGACGACAAGCAAAUGUCCUGCUCACCAAACGCGAGCUCAUGUACACAGUGGAGCUGGCCGGUGGACUGGGUGCCAUUCUUCUGUUGCUCAUCUUCCUGGUCUCCCUGUAUAAGUGCUACAGAAUUGAGCUCAUGCUCUUUUAUAGGAACCACUUUGGCAGUGAGGACAUGGAGGGAGAAAACAAGGACUAUGAUGCAUAUUUGUCCUACACUAAAGUGGAGCCGGAACAGUGGAGCCAAGAGACUAGAGAAGAGGAACGUUUUGCCCUGGAGAUUCUUCCUGAUGUUCUGGAAAAACAUUAUGGGUAUAAACUCUUCAUCCCAGACAGGGAUUUGAUUCCUACUGGAACCUACAUUGAAGAUGUUGCACGCUGCGUGGACCAGAGCAGGCGGCUCAUCAUCGUCAUGACACCAAGCUAUGUGGUGCGGCGUGGCUGGAGCAUCUUCGAGCUGGAGACACGUCUGCGCAGCAUGCUGGCGAGCGGCGAGAUCAAGGUGAUCCUGAUUGAGUGUGCCGAGCUGCGCGACACCAUCAAUUACCAGGAGGUGGAGGCACUUAAGCACACCAUUAAGCUGCUCACCGUCAUCCGCUGGCCCGGGCCUGAGGGCAGCAAGCUGGAAAGCAAGUUCUGGAAGCGGCUACGGUACGAGAUGCCAUUCAAGCGACGUGAGCAUCCACUCUCACACGAGCUCUCGCAUGAGCUCUCACAUGAGCAGGCACUGGAUGCUGGUGAGCUGCAGAGUGUCUCGGCUCUCUCAAUGGCUGCGGCCACCUCCACGGCUGUGGCCACGGCACGACCCGAGUUGCGCUCUGCCUUCCGCAACAGCAGCUGCCACGCUCCUCUCGGACAGAAACACUACUACCGCAGUUACGGGUAUGACAUGCCACCGCUGGCGACGCUGGGCACCCAUCAUACCUACUGCAACAUCCCUAUGACUCUGCUAAACGGACAGCGAACACAGGGCAAAGCACAGCGCACCGAGCAGCAGCAACAGCUGGAAGAGCAGCACGCCAAUAACGCGAUGUUGCCACUGCUACCACGUGAGACAAGCAUCUCCAGCGUCAUCUGGUGA